AUUAUUUUCUUUCCCCCUUGCUUCUCAUACGCCCAAGGAGAGGAUUAAAAGCAGCAGAACAAGAACAAGAUUUAAUUCUUCUCAAAUUUCCAAGUCAUUCAAUAAUAAAAAUUCAUCUUCCUCCCCAUCCAAGAUCCUUCAGUUCCCCUUCCUCUGUCUUCAUCAAUAUAAUCAAAUUAUUUCCGCACAUCACAGAAUAAAACGGCUUCGUUUUUACCUCCCACCCAGUCCGGAAAUUUCUCAGUUAAGAGGACAAUUUCAGAUUCCAAUUAUCUGCUCAUUCUUCUUUUCUCCUCGGGAUUUCAAAUCCAUCGUCCCGAAGUUCAAAAUCGAUCGAGCUUCGUUUCGGCAUUUAAUGCCGUCUGCGCUUUCUUUUCUUGCUUUUUUUUUUUUUUUUGAAAGGUUACUGAAGCCUGAAGGCGAUUCUUGUUUUUGAUCCUUGAACUGAGGAUUAAAGCUGCAUCUCGUCAAUCUUCGCAGCUGUUGUGAGAUUUUGUGGUUUGAUGGUCAUUUUCAGAAGGGGGUUCAGACAGCGGAAAUCGAUGUUUUUCUGGAGAUUGUAGAUACUUUGUUUGAAAUGCUCAUAAUCUGCAGGUCUUACAUUUCCGUAUAGGGCCUACCUGAUUUGUUUGAAAGGCAUGACUUCGGAUCCACCAAAGGGCGUUCCCGGACUGGUCGCACUACCGCGGUCGCUUUCGUCCAUCGCAGUAUCAAUUGGAGGCCUGGCCAUUUUCUUAAUUCUUGCCUCUUUGCUUCUGGUUUCUUACCCCAUUGGUUCUACCGUCCAUGAAUAUUUUUAUGGUGUUGAUAAUUAUAAUAAAUUGGAUUUGCCCAUCUAUUCUGGGAGCGAAAGCAAUGCUGUUCGUAUUCUUGAUCGUAAUGUAGAUGCGAUUGAUAGAAACUCCCCGUCUGGACUUAGUUUAGAAGUACCCAUUAGUUCUAGUGGUGUUAAUGACAGUGUAGAUGACAUAGAUAAGAAUUCUUGGCCAUCGAAGUCUCAUCUGCAAACUACAUCUGCCAAUGCCAGACAAGAAGUGGGGGUCAAGGAGAAGGGCAGUUCAGUUGCUUCCGGUGCUAAAAGAGAUGUUGCGUUUAAUAAUUCAGGAAAUGCGGAUAAAGGAUCAGAUGAAAGUAGCCCGGCCGCAUCUGCUCCAGAUUCCAAAUCAGAGGCUAAGCCAGUUCUAUCUGAUGUUUCCAGCAACGCAACCCCGAUCAGUUCAGAUGAUUCUGGUUGUGAUCUGUACCGUGGAACUUGGUUCUUUGAUUCACGAGGACCAUCAUAUGCAAACAAUACAUGCCCUGUCCUCACACAGAUGCAGAAUUGCCAGGGGAAUGGAAGACCAGACAAGGAGUAUGAGAAUUGGCGUUGGAGACCUUCCCAGUGUGAACUUCCACGAUUUGAUGCCAAGAAGUUUUUGGAAUUGAUGAGAGGGAAGACUUUAGCUUUCAUCGGCGACUCUGUUGCUCGAAACCAGAUGGAAUCAAUGUUGUGCCUUCUCUGGCAGGUAGAAGUUCCCAAAAACCGUGGUAACAGGAGAAUGCAACGAUAUUACUUCAGGUCAACGUCUACUAUGAUUGUACGAAUAUGGUCCUCUUGGCUUGUUCACAAAACACCAGAACCUUUUGAUUUCGCUCCUGAAGGUGUUGUCAAAGUCCACCUUGAUGCUCCAGAUGAAGAUUUCAUGGAAUUCAUUUCGAGUUUUGAUGUGAUUGUUCUUUCUUCUGGGCAUUGGUUUGCCAAGCAAUCUGUCUAUGUCUUGAACAAUGAAAUUGUGGGAGGGCAGUUGUGGUGGCCAGACAAGUCUCGUUCAAUGAAGAUUAACAAUAUUGAAGCAUUUGGAAUAUCUACAGAGACUAUUCUCACAUCUAUGGUUACCCAUCCAAACUACACUGGGCUGACUAUUUUGCGUUCAUAUUCACCUGAUCAUUAUGAAGAUGGGGCCUGGAAUACUGGGGGAUCAUGCAGUGGAAAAGUGAAACCUCUUGCUCCUGGAGAGUUGGUGGAAAAUGGAUUUACAGAUACAAUGUACAAGAAACAGGUAACAGCUUUUGGUCAUGCAAUUAAGAAGGCAACAAAUAAAUCAAGGUUGAGGUUGAUGGAUAUCACUAAACCCUUUAGUUACCGCCAUGAUGGGCAUCCGGGUCCGUACCGAAGUCCUGACCCAAAUAAAAUCACAAAACGUGGACCAAAUGGAAGGCCUCCACCACAGGAUUGCUUACACUGGUGCAUGCCAGGUCCUGUUGAUACGUGGAAUGAAUUUGUACUUGAAAUUAUACGAAGAGAAUUUGAGGGCAACCAACGCUCAUGAUUGUGAGAUUGUUGCUUUUCUGUUGCCUAACAGCGUGCAUACUUGUGCUUCAUACAAGAAAGGUAAUUUGUUCAGUGAGAUUUAAUUUAUUGUAGGAUCAGGGGGAAUAUGGCUGCAGUUUAUUUGGGAUGGAUCAGGAUAUGCUGUAGUAUAAGGUCUCAAAGUUUUGUUCACUUAUCAGGAUAAGGUUAAUAUGUACUUGUGGAGAAAAAUGAGAGCUAUUUGUUGGAUAGUAUUGUUACAUGAUACAAAAUAAUGAAAUUAUAGGUUUUGUUCA